AUGGACCAUCCUACUGCUCAGCCCUCUCAGGCGCAAGCUACGCUUGCCCCGCCCCUUUCUCCUGACGGACAGCCUCCCUCGUAUACGCCAAUCCACGACGCCAAUCUCGGUACGAAGACGGGCCUGCUCGCCCCCUUGUCGGCCCAGAGCCCCGAUAGCUCCGCCUCGUCCUCCAAUACCGCCAUCAACCCUACUCCCCAAGUACCCUCAGAGAACAUCACAGCCCAACCCACCGCCAAAGCUCCCCUCGUCAAAUCCACAUACGACAGCUGGAACCCCGCCGACGCGUCCAACAAGGAUGGCCGACCGGUCUGGUGGAACCGGUGGUUCUGUUGCGGGUAUGGCGUGGGGUGUGUUUUGUGUCUCUGUGGGAGCCCGACGUGUUGGCAGGAGAGACAGAAGCAGGGGGAGGCCGUGGCGGAGGGCGCCAAGCGGGCGGGAGAAGCGAAGGUCGGAGAGGAGGAGAAGCGGGUUUGA